AUGGAAGGUGAAUCUUCAAGUAGUUUGCAGUUGAUAGAAGAAAAUGUUGUGAUUGAAAUGAUGAAUAUAGUUGAUGUAGACAAGCCUAAGGUUGGGAUGAUGUUCGAAAGUUAUAAACAGUUGCUUGAGUAUUACACAGGUUAUGGCAAGUCAAAGUCCACUUCCAAAAAUCCAUUGAAGCCACAUCCAAGCAUAAAAGUAGGUUGUAAGGCUAAGGAUUGCCAACCAAGUGAAAGUGAUGCCAUUGGGCUUGUUGAUGGUCAACCCACGAGUGAAGCGAUUGAUGUACGUGGAACACAAGAAAUUAUUGGGAUGAUAGAUUUACGGAUUACACAAACGGUUAAUGUUGGCAUAAGUGAUGGUCAAUACUCCUCUUUGCAAUUUUAUAAUAACACUAUGGCCUUGCUAUGGCGGGUUACUCAAAGAGGUCUUGGAAAUCAUUUCAUGGGUAUGCACCCUGUGCCUCAUUCUAGCUCCAUGCUUUGUUCUAGCUCUAAAGAAAUGGUAGACAUUUUGGAGUUGCCAAUUACGUAUUCAACGUCAACGUCUACUGGCAAGUACAAAAAAGAGGAAGAUCGUCUAGUUUUGCAAGAGGAAGAUUAUAGUAUAGUGUUAGAGAAGGCAGAGAUACCUUGGAGGUUGCAGGCUGUUACAGAGGGAUCAAAAUUUACUGCCUACUGCCAGAUUAAAAAGGUUUUUGCAGGCAUUGUAGCUGAACAGAGGUUUUUAGAGGUUGAACUGUUUGCAGCAGCUACAAUGGGUUGGUUGACUGCUUGUGGCUCGUUGGUUUACUGGACAAUGGGUUGGUUUACGAGGAGGAAGAACACUGACAUUGAUAUCAGAUGA